AUGUCUAAUAUGGCAGGAUCGAGUACCUCUGAGCUGCGAACUCCAAUUUUCAAUGGCGAAAAUUAUGAGUUCUGGAGUAUCAGAAUGAAAACUAUUCUAAAAUCUCAUGGUUUAUGGGAUCUGGUCGAGAAUGGGUUAAGUGACCUAGAUCUGAAGAAGGAGAAAGAGGAGGCUGUAGACACUGAGAAGUCUAUGGUGGUUCAGACUCUGAUGAAGGAUGCUCGUGCACUUGGAUUGAUCCAAAGUGCUGUUUCAGAUCAGCUAUUUCCAAGGAUCGUGAAUGAGGAAACUUCGAAGGGGGCUUGGGAUAUUCUGAAGCUGGAAUUCAGAGGAGAUAAACAGGUACGAAAUGUCAAAUUGCAAGGGCUGCGUAGGGAAUUUGAAUAUACCCGCAUGAAGGAUAGUGAAUCUUUAUCUGUAUAUCUGGUUAGGUUGUUUGAUAUAGUAAAUCAUAUGAAGAGUUAUGGUGAGGAACUAUCUAGAGAGAGAAUUGUCCAGAAACUAUUGUUUAGUUUACCUAAAUCUUAUGAUUCUAUCUGCUCUGUAAUUGAACACUCUAAGGACCUUGAAACACUUGAGGUUCAAGAGGUUGUUGCUUCACUGAAGAGCUUUGAGCUCAGAUUGGAUAGACACACUGAGAAUUCUACAGAAAAGGCCUUCACUAGUCUGAAUGUUGGUAGGAAAAACCUUGACCCUAGUCUGAAUGUUGGUAGGAAAAACCUUGAAAAUGGAAUUGUUUCUGCAGAUCAAAUAUCUCAGAAAAAUUGGAAAUCCAACGAUGGAAACAAAAUGGCCUGCAAACAUUGUGACAGAUUUCAUUAUGGAAAAUGUUGGUAUGAAGGAAAACCUAAAUGCCAUGGUUGUGGGAAGCCUGGACAUAUGAUCAGAGAUUGCUAUGGACACAAGAAUGUGCAGAGAGUGAAUUAUGCAAAUCAGGAGGAAGAUUGUGGCACUUUGUUUUAUGUGUGUAAUGCUGCAACUGAUGUGAAGGUAAAUCACUCUUGGUAUAUUGACAGUGGUUGUAGUAACCACAUGACAGGAGAUGAGGGACUUUUGGUCAAUAUUCAAAGGAAUUCGAGCUCUAAGGUGAAGAUGGGAACUGGAGAAGUGGUCCCAGUUGCUGGAAAAGGGACUUUGGUGAUAAAAACUAAGUUAGGCAAGAAGCACAUUCAUGAAGUAAUGCUUGUACCUGGCCUUGAAGAAAAUUUGCUUAGUGUUGGGCAAAUGAUGGAACAUGGCUAUCACCUUGUGUUUGGAGGAAAUGUGGUGAGUGUUUAUGACAAUCAGUCACUAGAAAAUCUGAUUGUAAAGGUGCAGAUGACAAAUAACAGAUGCUUUCCAUUGACAAUGAUGCCUGCGAGUGAGUUGGUCCUAAAAGCAAGUGUCACACAUUGCUUGCAGACAUGGCAUAAGAGGCUGGGGCAUUUAAAUGAAAGAAGUAUAAAAUUGCUUGAGAACCAAGGGAUGGUUCAUGGCUUACCUCACUUGGAGCAGAAGUCAGUCGUAUGUGAUGGUUGUAUGCUUGGAAAACAGCAUAGGGAUUCUUUCCCUUUGGAAUCCACUUGGAGAGCUUCAAACCCUUUGGAAUUGGUUCACACAGACAUCUGUGGACCAAUGAAAACAGAAUCAUUAUCUGGAAACAGGUACUUUCUACUGUUUACAGAUGAUUUUACUAGAAUGUCAUGGGUGUACUUCAUCAGAAAUAAGUCAAGUGCAUUGGAAUGUUUUAGAAAAUUCAAAGCUAUGACUGAGCUGCAAAGUGGGUAUAAGAUAAAAGGCUUGAGAAGUGACAGGGGUGGAGAGUUUCUAUCUGGAGAAUUCAACAAGUUUUGUGAGGAAUCUGGUAUUCAAAGGCAGCUAACUAUGGCAUAUUCUCCACAACAAAAUGGAGUGGCCGAGAGGAAGAACAGGACAGUAGUGGAAAUGGCCAAGUCCAUGUUGCAUGAGAAAGGUGUUCCCUAUGAGUUUUGGGCAGAAGCUGUAAAUACAGCAGUCUAUCUGCUGAAUAGAUGUCCUACCAAGGCUCUUAACAAGAUAACACCAUUUGAAGCUUAUACCGGCAGAAAACCAGGAAUUGCACAUUUAAAAAUAUUUGGAUCUCCUUGUCAUGUGCUUAUUCCUUCAGCAUUGAGGCAUAAGCUUGAAGAAAACAGUCACAAGUGUAUUUUUGUAGGCUAUGGUCUCUGUGAAAAGGGAUAUAGGCUGUUUGAUCCAAGUACUAGGAAGAUAAUUCUGUCCAGAGAUGUGCAAUUUGAUGAAAAUGGCUUAUGGAAGUGGGAAAAUACAAAUGAAGAAGAAAUGGUAGUCCCUUUGCCUACUGAGAAUCAAAGCUGUGAACCAAGUCAAAGCUUGGAUACAUCACUGCAAAUGGAUGAAGAAGUCACAUUACAAGCUGAACCAAGUCAAAGCUUGGAUACACAAACUCAAAUAGUUGAAGAUACCACUCUGCAAGAUGAAGGCAUAGGUGAAAGUUCUCAUUUCUUUGAUCACACACCAAAGAAAUGGAGAAGUGUAAGUGAAAUCAUGGCUAAGUGUAAUGUGUGUAUUGUGGAACCUGAAAAUUAUGAAGAUGCAGCUCAAGAUGAGUCAUGGAGAAAGGCAAUGGAAGCUGAACUGGAAAUGAUAGAAAAAAAUGACACUUGGAAACUUGUCGAGAGACCAUUUGCUAAACCUGUGAUUGGUGUUAAGUGGGUCUACAAGACUAAACUGAAUCUGGAUGGUACUGUGCAGAAAAACAAGGCUCGUUUAGUGGCUAAAGGCUACUCACAAAAGCCCGGUAUUGAUUACAAUGAGACUUUUGCCCCUGUGGCAAGGCUAGACACCAUUAGGACUUUGAUUGCUCUUGCUGCACAUAAGGAAUGGAGCUUGUAUCAACUAGAUGUGAAAUCUGCAUUUCUUAAUGGAGUUUUAAAAGAGGAAGUAUAUGUGGAGCAACCACAAGGAUUUGUAAAGAAGGAUGAGGAAACAAAGGUAUACAAGUUACACAAAGCUUUGUAUGGUUUGAAGCAAGCACCAAGAGCUUGGUAUGACGAGAUUGAUGCCUAUUUCAACAAGGCCGGUUUCAAGAAAAGUCCAAGUGAGGCAACUUUAUAUGUUAAGGCAGAAGGUUCAGAUGUUCUUAUUGUUUCUCUAUAUGUUGAUGACAUAGUGUACACGGGUAGCAGCUCUCAAAUGAUUGAAGAAUUUAGGAGAGAUAUGAUGGAACACUAUGAGAUGACAGAUUUGGGAGUAUUACACCAUUUUCUUGGAAUGGGGGUGAUUCAGUCUAAACAAAGGAUUUUCUUGCAUCAGAAGAAGUAUGGACAGAAGCUGGUUGAAAAAUUUGGUUUGAAAGAUUGCAAAAUAGUGGCUACACCACUUGCAAUGAAUGAGAAGUUAAGUAAGAAUGAUGGAAGUGAGGCUGCAGAUGAAGGAGAAUAUAGACAGAUUGUGGGCAGUUUGCUCUACUUGACUGCAACUAGGCCUGACAUAAUGUUCGCAGCUAGCCUCUUGGCAAGAUUCAUGCACAAUCCCACCAAGAAACACAUGGGAACUGCUAAAAGGGUAUUGAGAUACAUUCAAGGAACAAUAGACUUUGGAAUUGUAUUUGAGAAAGGAAAAGAAACUACUCUUAUUGGCUAUUGUGAUAGUGAUUGGGCAGGAAGUGAAGAUGACAUGAGGAGUACCUCAGGGUAUGUUUUUACUAUGGGAUCGGGAGUGUUUUCGUGGGCUUCAAUUAAGCAAAAUACUGUUGCUUUGUCUACAGCAGAGGCAAAAUAUAUAAGUGCUGCAAAGGCUACUUCUCAAGCAAAGUGGCUGAGAUUUGUACUUGAAGAUUUUGGAGAAGAACAGAUUGAAGGAACACAGAUAAUGUGUGAUAACACAUCAGCAAUUGCUAUGGCAAAGAACCCUGUUUUCCACCAGAAGUCAAGGCACAUUAACAGAAAGUUUCAUUUCAUUCGAGAAGCAAUUCAAGCCAAGGAGAUAGAACUUGUCUACUGCAGAACUGAGGAGCAAAUUGCAGAUAUUCUGACUAAAGCUUUGCCUAAGGACAGGUUUGCAUACUUAAGGGAAUUACUUGGUGUUAAGUCGGCUAAAGGAUUAGAAGGGAAUGUUGGUGUGUAA